AUGGAGCGUUUUACCCAACAGUUUUCUCAGUGUUCUAGAACAUCAUCGUCUGAGACUCGCAAAGUUGUGAUCACCAGUCAAAGUAAUAUGGAUGGACGUUUCAUGACAGGAAACUUAGACCAACAGUUCAACCAAAUGAUUGAGAACAGUAGUGGAGGCUUCAAACUUGGAAAUCUUGAAGGAUUUACAUGCGAAAUGCAAAAUAAAAUUCAACAAUUUCUCAAUGAUAAUGGUGGAGAGGACGACGAUGAAAAUGUCGUUUCGAAAGAAUGCGAUGCAGAAAGUCAAGAUCAGUGCGCUGAAAAUGAGGGCUCUAGUUUUACUAGAAGGGCUGUAGAGGCGAUGAACUAUUACCGGAAAAUGCAUCAUGCUCCACCUCUAGUCGAAGAUGCUACUAUCAAUAAGUAA